AUGGCUCCUGGCCCAGGCCUCCCUGCCUCUCUGGCUCUGUGCAGACCCCGAGCCCCGGUGGCGCCCGACGACAGGGCUCCACACUGCGCCGUGCCGGGCACCGUGCUCCUGCUGCUCGCCUACCUGGCUUACCUGGCGCUGGGCACCGGCGUGUUCUGGGUGCUGGAGAGCCCCGCGGCGCGUGACUCCAGCGCGAGGUUCCAGCGCGAGAAAUGGGCGCUGCUGCAGAACUUCACGUGUCUGGAUGGCCCGGCGCUGGACUCGUUGAUCCGGGGCAUCGUCCAAGCGUACCAAAGUGGGGACAUCGUCCUUGGCAACACCACCAGCAUGGGGCGCUGGGAGCUCGUGGGCUCCUUCUUCUUUUCUGUGUCCACGGUCACCACGAUUGGCUACGGCAACCUGAGCCCCCAUACGAUGGCCGCCCGCCUCUUCUGCAUCUUCUUUGCUCUUGUGGGGAUCCCGCUCAACCUCGUGGUGCUCAACCGACUGGGGCAUCUCAUGCAGCAGGGAGUGCAUCACUGUGCCCGCAGCCUGGGGGGCGCCUGGCAGGACCCGGCCAAGGCUCGGUGGCUGGCAGGCUCCGGUGCCCUCCUCUCGGGCCUCCUGCUCUUCCUGCUGCUGCCCCCACUGCUCUUCUGCCACAUGGAGGGCUGGAGCUAUGUAGAGAGCUUCUACUUCGCCUUCAUCACCCUCAGCACCGUGGGCUUCGGCGACUACGUGAUCGGGAUGGACCCCUCCCGGAGGUACCCGCUGUGGUACAAGAAUACAGUGUCCCUAUGGAUCCUCUUUGGGAUGGCGUGGCUGGCCUUGAUCAUCAAACUCAUCCUCUCCCUGCUGGAGACCCCGGGGAGAUCAUAUUCCUGCUACCACCACAGCUCCAAAGAGAACUUCAAGCCCCAAAGCUGGAGGCAGAGCCCCGAUGGGGAGGCAGAACCCCGUUUGCCACAGUCAGGCUGCUGUCCAGAGGGGCCUGUGAGAAUCAUGCAACAUCCAGAACCCUCUACUCAGGUCUCAUGUUGUGGAAAGGGCAACUAGUUAUACUCCCGUAUGCGUUCCAUCUUCCUCAGUAACAAGAGCCCUGGCUUUAAGCUUGGCACAUAACCACCCAGACUAAAGACUACUUCUUUUUAUCUUCCCUUGAGGCUAUUUGCAGCUAUAUGGUUAAAUUCAGCCCAAUUGAAUACACGGAGAAGAAUCCUGUGGGACUUAUGACUGACUUUUUGUGGCAGGUAGUGUGCUUCCUUUUUCUAGCUGGCUGCAAUACUGAUAUAGUGGCUGGAGCUCUGGCAACCAUGUUGCACCAUGAGGUAGAAGCCAUGUUUGAGAUCGAUGACACAGUAAGACAGGAAGAGCCUGGGUUCCUGAUGGUUGAAGAGCUUCCAUAACAAUCUGGACCGAAUACCUUCAGACUUCAUUUG